AUGCCUGAUAUGUGUUGCUCGGACGAUGCGUUGUACGCAUCGGGUGGGAAGGGCUCCAUGCGAUAUUUAUUUCUUCAUGGAGGUCAUUCUCAACUACCCCCUCCUGACAAUUUCUCGGUGGAGGCUAAAGUUCUUGUACAGAAUACUCAUGGAGAGAUCAUUUUCGACGACAGCCCAGAUCAACCCACCUCACAGUAUCAGUUCAUUGAUCGCACCCUGAAAUCCGUCAAUGGGAAGGAAGAUGCGUACAUACCAAAGCAGCUCUUUGUAGAAAAGAUGCUGAUGAAUGUUUCUAUCCCUACAUUACUGUUCGCCGAAAUUCCACGUGACCAUGCAGAUACCCCAAGCAGCGAGAAUGUAUCUUACGUCACCCUAUUAAUCCUCGGCCGAACCGGUAUGGAGCAAGCCUCCUUCCAGGACUAUGAGUAUCUCAAAUCGAUGCUUCAUCUAUUCGUUCCCCGAUUUGGACGGGCCAUAUCGCGCAUGAGCGACGUAUACCUCCCCGGAGAUGCACUGAAUCUGUCGCAUGAGGUUGCCGGCUAUAUGAUGGUCCCGUCGGGAGAUACCAACAAUCUUCGCACCUUUCUUGCCAUGUAUGCAAAGCGCUACAUGCUCAAGUCAUCUAGCGAAAGAGAGGUAUUGGAACGGUGUUUGUUGCAUAUGCUGAAGAUGCCGUUCGAGUUGAGCUCGGCAAUACGGUAUGGUCUUAUUCUGUAUUGAGCUUGUUAUCUCGGGUUGUGGGCGGCGCUGGUCUAGUCUCCCAAUACAUCGGCAGAAAUUCGAACCCGGAUUCUGCAUAUGUGACGUCUGAUACCUUUUGGAUCUUGGGUGGUUUUGGCCAAUCACGAGUCAAAAAUGCCAGGCAUUGACCCUUUACAUCGGAAACGCUUAGUGAACGCAGACGAAAAAAGGACGAUUAUUUCUUCUACACCGAUUGCUGCC